CUUCGCCCAGGUGGGGCGCUCUGUAUGGCGUCUUCUUCUUCUUCUCCGCCGUCCCCCGGCUCCAGCGAGCUCUCGUUCGCGUGCGUAACCUCGGCGCUGGCGUCGCUCUGGGCAUCCGCGUGCGAGGCGAGGCAGAACGUAACCCGGCAGAGGUUACUCUUCUUCCUCAAGCAACAUGUACCCAUCUUAGAAUGGCUACCGGCGUACGACCUGAGUGAGGACCUGCAGUUCGACGUGGUGUCCGGGGUUACGGUCGGGCUCAUGCUCGUACCCCAGGAGGUAUCCCUUGCAGCCAUCAUGGGCGUACCCCCCAUCUACGGGCUAUACACGGCCGCGGUUGUACCCAUGAUCUACCCGCUCUUCGGCACCUCCCGGGUGCUGAGUGUGGCCAACGGAGCUGAAGUGAGUCUACUCGUGGGCUCGGCCAUCAAGAAGGUGGAGAGUGAGGAGGAACGGAUCGCUACCGGUAUUCUCCUGAGCUUCCUGAGUGGCGUGGUGCUGCUGUUCAUGGGGAUGUUCCGACUGGGAGUCAUCGCCGACUUCUUCUCAAGGCCCGUCAUGGGUGGAUUCAUCUCGGCCGGAGGUGUACUCAUCAUGCUGUCCCAGAUGAAUCUGUGGCUGGGGAUCGACAUCAAGAGCAAGGAUCUGCCGGUGCUGACGGUGUGGGAUCUGAUGGAGCAGUUGCCACACCUCAACACCUUCAGCUUUGCACUCGGUACCUUUUCAAUCUUGGUGCUGGUGGGCAUGCACGAGCUGAAACGCCGCGUGGUGAGGAAGCUGGCUAGAGUCGAGGAGGAGUUCGAGGACCAGUUCGCGAUUGAGACGUCCAGGGCGCUGAAUCAACUGUCCAUGAGCAUGAGCUCGAACGGCGAGCAGAGUGACAUGAGUGAGGACGAAGAGGAGGACAGUCAGGACGCCAAGGAUGAUCGACAAGCGGAGGGCAGCUAUGGUGGAGAUAUCGAACUGGGGGACGCCCCCAAGCCAAAGAAACGCCAGCCAAAGAGGAGCGAUGAUGAAGCCAACUUGGACGUGGAAGACGUGACGGUAUCGCCGCGUGGAUCGAGGUGGGCCGACUUGCCCGCUGUGUCCACGACGGGCUCGCUGCGACGUCGGGACUUCAUGGUGUCGUCCCCAUGGGCCUCAUCGUCACGCAAUAGUCGAGAUCUUGGUGCUAACGACCUGGAUCUGGCUCGCUCUACUCGUCAGAGAGACCUGGCUGCGAUUACUCGUAGCACUCGUCAUGGACGCAUGGACGACGAAGGUGUGGGCUUUUCGCUUUCGGACGAGGAUUACAUUACUAUUGAGAGACCGAUGCACCCAACCCAGCCUAAGGUGGAGAGACCCGGGCGCAACCGUGGCGGAGAUACUGAUGACGACGAUAACGCAGAUGCCAAGGCUGAGGCUGAAAUGAAGAGACGUGUGAAGGAGCUUGCUUCGCCUGCGAAGUCAGAGACUGGGUCGGAAUCGGCGACUUCGACUACGGCGCUUACUGGACGCAUCCUUGCAGCGUCGUCGACGUCAAUUCGCAUAUUGCGCUCGAAGAUGGCUGUGCUGAUCGCGCUGCGGUUGGUGUGCGACUUGGGUGCGUUCAUGGUGUGUCUGCUGGGUGGAAUCGUUGGCUACUUGGCCCCAGAAGGUUCUCUUGCUCUUGCCGGGGAUGUCCCCGGUGGUUAUCCAUCGCCGCUAAGGCCCUGGUAUGGAUUGAGUACGAACAUUAUCGAGGCUGAUCGUCUGUACCACCUCUUCAUCGACACGCUGUCGAUUGCCAUCAUCUCGUACAUGUGCAGUGUCGCCAUGGCCAAGCGUCUCGCGAUUAAAGAAGGCUACAGGAUCAGGCCGAACCAAAGGCUCAUCGCGCUGGGUUUCUCCAACCUCGUUGGGUCUUUUUUCCAGGUGCUGGUCGUGGUGUUUGUGCUGUACACAUCCACUUCAGCUCUCGCGUACCUACCGAAGGCAAGUCUCGCUUCCAUCAUCAUCGUCGCUGGCUACUCACUGAUCGAGAUGAAGGAAGCCAAAUGGCUGUAUCGUGUCAAGCGCGACGAAUUUUAUGUGUGGCUGGCGUCAUUUGUGCUGUCGUGUCUGCUGGGUGUGCUGCCUGGACUUCUGUCCUCCAUCUUUUGCUCGCUGAUUGCUGUGAUUUACAAGACUCGUCGCCCGACCGUGUCCAUGCUGGGUGAGGUUAUCGACGAGGAAACCGGGGGGAAGCGGAUCGUAGAGUUGGACUUGUACCCCGACACGGCGCAUCCGUUGUCUGAUAUCGUGGCGAUUCGAGUGGAAGGCGCUCUGUACUUCGCUAACUGCGAAUACAUUGAGCGCGUGGUGGAACGGGAGGUGCGCAGGCGCCACGAGACCGAGGGCGUGCGAGUCCGUGGUGUGGUGAUUGAUGCAGGCUCCAUCAUGGACUGGGAUACCACGACCAUCCAGAUGAUGAAGCAUUUGAAGGCCGAGCUUCGCGGACAAGGCAUCAUGCUGGCGAUCGUGAACGCACGAGACCGCCUGCAGCAUCUACUUGAGACGUCCGAGUUCCUCGUGGGUAUCGUGCACAGCGAUGCUCGGAUCGGGUUCACCGAGGCCAUCACCGCCAUCCGCGAGGAAGACAUGCCUUCGGAUGAGAGUCAAGCUUUGGCGCGUGCCACUCGGCGGAGUUACGUGAGUGGAAAUGGAGAAGGUGAUGAGGUUGAGAUGCCCCAGUUUGCAGAGCUUUGGGACGGAAUGGAGACUGUCCCCGCCCCUCAGUCAAAGCUGAACGCGACUGCGGUAGAUGACCCCAAGCGCGUCUCCAUAUCGGCGGAUGACGUCGAGAAGUUGAUGGACAAAGUGACGAACCACAUCCAGUCGAUCUCGCCGCAAGACGAGCUGCACGCGCUCGUGGCCGACUUCAAGGGGUUCAUCCAGCGCGGUAAUAUCGUCGACCUGGCCAUCGGUAUGAUCAUGGGCACGUCGUUCACGGCGAUCCUCCAGUCUCUGGUGGUGGACAUUCUGUCGCCGAUCCUCAGUCUCGUGUCGACGCGCAGCUUGGCAAACUACUACGCCGUGGCAAGGUGCCCCAACGACCGCAAAGACUGCAGCAGUGCUACGUGGGAGACCCCUCAAAUGGCUCGCGACCACGGAGCUAUCACUGUCAACUAUGGACUCUUCAUCGAGAACGUCGUGCGCUUCUUCAUCAAUGCCAUCUUUCUCUACUUUGCGGUCAAACGAGCGAUGAUGGUCGUUCAAGGCUUAAAUAAACUGAUGAAGGCGGAUCUCAUCAAGAAAGGACUCAAGGUGGCGCCUACCGAGACCAAAGCUGCAACGAGCACCUAG